GCCGAUCCUUGCUCAUUUGCAGUCACGAAUGUUACAUUUGCAUGCUGGAAUAUUCAGUGUUUUUAACCCUUCAUUAAUAAUAUUUACGUAGUUGCUAACAUUAUUUAUUGUGCAAAAUUGUUACUUCAACCAUUCUCAUUGUAACCAAAUAUAAUAUUACCGAAUUUUAAACAUUGUGAAAGUGAUUAUUAUUUAUAAUUCACGCUGUGCGUUUGUUUUAAGUGACAUUUGAUUAGUAUAUAUAUAUCCAUUGUUACACUUCUUUGCAAUACAUACAAAAGAAUUGACCAUGAGUACCAACAAUUACUGCGGUAACCAGCCGAGAGCCAUCCCGGAUUUGGUAGAGAAUCUGGCAAAUGAGAACGCCAAACAGCACCACAUUCGGCAUUACAAUAAUCAGGGCUCUAACGUUAAAUAUUAUAACAAUUAUCAGGUCAUUCACCAUUUCGGCUAUGUUGUAAAUGAUCUUCCCUUCCACCCACAGACACCGUACGUGCCCCAGAUGUAUGGCAAUUUUUAUCAGAAGCCACGUUAUAUGCCCUAUCCGAGUCGUAACCUUAAUCAGUCUAAUCAAAGCAACCACUUUCCACAAUCGUCUGCCAGUGUCAACUACGGAAGCAGCAAUAGCUCUGCGAACAAAUCUCUGAACUCCUCACUGAACAGUAGCAGUUCGGAUUCUGGCAAGAACACAACCUUUUAUAGCAGCUGCAGCUCCAACAGUAGCCUUAUCGGAAACUCAAGCAACACAAGUCAGUGUAGCAAUAGUAGCGGCACUUGUAACGGAACGGGAAGCAAUUACAACUGUUCCUUCGGCAAUAUGCAAUCAACCCUCGAUCAGAAAGAGAUGGUCGUGCUGCAGAUCAGCAAUCUCGACCCGUCUAUCGACGAACAUAAAAUGCAUCAGUAUUUGCUCUGUCAGUUGAAAUCGAUAACACCCGUUCUCUCAUUAGCUAUCGAAAGUCCCUCUCUGGCGAAGGUCAAAGUUCCCUCAGCCCAAUUUGCUAAACUGGUUGUAGCGAAUCUCCACCGUAAAAAAAUCGGUCACAAACGAAUGGUGGUAUCGUACAUCAAAGACCCAUCGUCGGCCGAAUCGUCCGCACUUCGCUGCCAAGUCGCCGGUCUACUGAAGGAUGUUCCUUACUACAGCCUGCCGAUCAACAAGUUCCGGGAGCUUUUUCAAUCCCGCUUCAAAUCCUCCAUCAGUGUUCUCGACCUCUAUCGUAUGCCGGACGUGUGCUCGAUAACACUGGACAAGAACGAGGAGAAAUACAUAUGUCUUCAACCGGACGUGAUCAAUUCACUGCAGAAUAAUCCACUGAUCGAGUCAUCGCAGCAUAGCGUCCCGUACUGUAUAUAUCACUUCAAGCAGGAAAAGGAGAAGGGUUGGGCGGAGCAGGAGAUCGAGCCACUGCCCAGCGUGAUGAUGAGUAUCAGUCAGCUGCAGUCGCUCAUAUAUUCGUUGCUGAAAACCCACAAAGAUGACAUCCCGGUGGCAAGUAUUCUGUACUGUAUCGAAAACGAGCUGCAAGUGAAGAUCGUCCCGAACGAUAACGGGGUCCCGCUGGAGCAUCUGCUGUGCUGUAUUCGUGGAGUGCAGAUUACAAACAACAACUUCGGCAUCAAAGUGCUCACAUGGCUGGACCAUGAGCUCAACUCGACGAAAGACAACGAUGAUGCCUUCUCGGCCAACCUGCGCUACAUGCCAAAGGGCCCGAGCAACGAUUUCCUACAGCAAAUUUCCCGGGAAGUGGUCGAGUUGAUAAAAAUGUCACCAAAAUCGGCGAUGAAGUUCACCCGUUUCAUCCCGGCCUAUCAUAAUCACUUUGGAAAACAGUGCCGUGUGGCGGACUAUGGAUACACGAGACUGAUCGAACUUUUCGAGGCGCUUGCGCCGGUGGUCCAGGUGAUGGGUGACGGGGAAAACCGUCAAAUAACGCUCACCCAUCGUACCCAGAUCCGGCGAUUCACCAGCGAUUUGUUGAAGAUCCUGCGGGGACAGGCAAACAAAUCGAUUCUACUGUCGCAACUUCCGAUUAUAUUCUCCCAGGCCCAGAACAAGAUUUUCGAUGUGACCGACUAUGGGGUGUGUGACAUUUUCGAUAUCAUCGAUGGGUUAGUGUAUAACAAUUCGAUAGUAACGAAGGUGUACAACGAGACGGAUGUUUUGAUAUCGAUUGUGAAGCGGAAGCAGACCCCGACGGAACUGGAAAAGACGUGUGUUUUUGCGGGAGAAGUCGUUGAGCUGUUCAAAAAUGCGCCCCAGUAUUCGAUAUUAUUCAAGAAGUUUGUUAGAUCGUAUCACUAUCACUUCGGCUAUCAGUGCCGACUGAGUGAUUACGGGCUCAUGAAAUUGGCUGAUUUGCUGGAGGCUAUUUCCGGUAUUGUCGAGAUGGAGCAAACUAACGAUGAAGAUCGCAAAAUAUAUCUCAAUCAUAAAGUCGCGAUACGCAUUUUCUCGGAACAGAUUCAAGACAUCAUUAAACAUUUCACCGGAAGUACAGUUUCGAUGAUUAGGCUGAGUGAGAUACUUAACUUUCAUAAGAACAAGUACGGCUAUCAAAUCCAACCGUGCUGUUUGGGAUUCUCCAAUAUGUGCGAUGUGAUAAAGGCUUUACCCUACAUGGAGAUAUUUGAGUCCGGCAAUGACUACAUGGUUAUAUCGCACAUCGAGGAUCCGAUUUUUCGCCUGCGUUCGUACGCAGCAUGUCUUUGCAUUAUAGACUCGCACAAGGAUUAUCUGUCUAUAAAUGAUUUUCUCAGAAGCUACCUGUCGAAGUUCAAGGAGACGUUGACCGAGAAGCAGAUUUACGAUAUGAAGCAUGUCAUAACGAUUGAAAUCGAUAACGGAAACCAAGCUGUGACUAUGACACCAUUGAUGAAGUUUAUCGUUCAAAUCAUACAUGUGCUCAAACAGCGCAGUCCCAUCAAUCUGUUUGAUUUGAAGCACACACUCAAUAUAUCACUGUGUACCUGUUUCAAGUUUGGAUAUCCAAAUAUUUCAUCACUCAUUACCGCCUUCCCGGAUAUUUUCAUCAGUAACAGUUUCCUUCACGAGGGCAGCGAUAUCGAGUUGAACCGUGACUGCAUUUUAAGCAAGGCUUGUUUUUCCAACGGUGAUAAACUGCCCACGAGAGCGGGAGUGCCAGCUAUGUCUAAUUCAGCACCCGCGAGCACGAAAAUACUCGUUGACGAGAAUAAAUUUUCCCAUGUUUCGAUGACUAAUGAUUUUAGAAAAUUAUUCUACAGGCGACAGGAUGCUGUUGCUCAGCAAAAUUUGUUGCAUCAGCAGCAGCAGCAGCAGCAACAUCUUCAAAAACCACUACAACCUCUGCAGCCGUCUCAGCAAAUGAAUCACCCACCACCGGUUUCUUUUUACCCCAAUAACCGCUUCAAUACUCCAAUGCUGAAUGCCAACUACAAUUUGGCGACUAUCUCAUCCUCGUACACGUCCUCAGCGAGUGCAGCUAUGGCUAACGACAUGAUGGCCACUCAUAAUCAGACGAUGAAUAUGAAAAGCCACAGCAAAGAGAAUCUGUAUCACAGCUACAGUGGAAUGCAGCUCCAGCAGCAACAGGCUCAGCAACUUUCGCAGCAACAGCAGCAAAUGAUGAGCUCCCAGUCCAAAUUCGCUACAAUGACGGCGAAUAUGUGUGCUGCUGCGGCAAACAUUUCAACCGCGACCGCAAACGCUGCUGGGGUGGCUACGGGACAAGUCGAAGCAACAACGCUGAUGGGGUCCUCCGUGGCAGCAGCAGCAGCAGGUGUCUUGCAAAACUCUACGGCCAAGCUACACGAACGUAGACACCAACAUUCUUUGAGUUUACAAUAUCUUAAUUGUAACAAUUCGGGAUAUGGACUUUUGCCGGAGUUUUACGAGCCGCCGAAGCCGGACUCUCCGCCCUCACGGAAUAUCCCAUAUUGGCUCGAUCCGAUCUGGACCAGUGACACGAUUCUAGCCGAAAAAGACAUACCGCUGGCGGCCACUGAGCUGCUCAAUAUUCCGCUGCCGGAGCUAAAGACGUACAAUAAACUACCGAUCAUUCUGACACCGUACAUUCUGUCACUGGGGAAACAUCCGUCCUUUUCCUUCGAUAUCGAUAAAUCUAAGAACAUUUAAAUUUGGAAGCAGGACAGUGCCCAUAUCACUCGAAUGGAACCGACAGGCGGUGGACUCCUCUGAACGAUAUGUAUCUCUGCGAGGAGUCAAAAAGUUAUCGAUGACAGUUUAUUCCACUUCAUUAUUCGCUUAAUUGAUAUUUUGUUUUAUUUGACACGUUGAACGUUUUCUUUACUGUAGUAGAAGUCAGUUAGCGCUUCGUCCUUUUUGUUAAAUUUGUCACCUUUGGUGAACUAUUUAUUUGAUGAUAUCGUUAUUCGUAUUAUUAUUGUGUGAGAAGUAGUAGGAGAUAGAUUAUAUGUCGGAAAUGUUAAGAAAAGGCAAAAUGGAAAACAUUAUCUUCAAUGAAACGUUAUUUAUAUUAGAAUUGUGAGUCAACAAAAAGUAGGGCAUAAUUUGAAUUUUUGUUAAUUUUGGAAAGCUAACGUUUCGUCCAAUUGUGUAUGUGAGAUGAGACGGAUGAAAGCAUGAGGACACAUUUUUAGCAAUAGUACUCCGUUAGGUGACCAAUAUUUUAGGCCGAUAGAGGACGAGAUUAUUAGUGUUUAAAUUAGGAUGCUAGCAGAUUAGGUUUUCCAUUUUUGUUCUUCUCAAUUUUCCAUCCAAUUGAAGAUAUCAUAUGAAUAAUUGAAUAAACUAAGUUUACUAACUUGCAUGCCAUUAUCAGA